AUGGCGAAUCGAAUUGAGUUCAGAUCGGAAACCGAAAAAGAGAAAAACGAAAAUCGAAAAAUCGCAAAGUGGAAGCAAGCAAUCAGAAGAAGAAGAAGAGAGGUUUUGCUGAAACGAAACCAAAAACAGAACCCGAAAUUGCUACAGACACUCACCCGAAAGUGUUUAAGCGCGAGGAGCAAUCUCAGCCACUAUAAUUUCACGGAGAAGCUUCGGCUUAUGGGAAAGCGAAAAGUGGCGCUAAACUACUGGUUCUUGCGUCGCCAGCUUGUGAAGGUGGGGCCCGCUAGUGACGUGGCGUAG